AUGAAGUUCGGGUGGCUCGAGGUUGCCUUGACGGCUGCCUCGGUGGCUAAUGCCAAUCCGUUGGCCUACUCUCCUCCUCACUACCCUUCUCCAUGGAUGACCGGCGCGGGCGACUGGGCUGAGGCCUACCAACGCGCCGUGGACUUUGUCUCUGGUCUGACACUGGCUGAGAAAGUCAACUUGACAACCGGUGCCGGCUGGAUGCAAGAACGAUGCGUCGGUGAGACCGGUGGCAUUCCCCGACUCGGCAUGUGGGGAAUGUGUAUGCAAGACUCGCCUCUGGGAGUUCGCGAUAGUGAUUACGCCUCCGCUUUCUCAGCGGGCGUAAAUGUUGCGGCGACAUGGGACAAGCGACUGGCCUACCAGCGUGGUCAGGCAAUGGGAGAGGAGCACCGUGACAAGGGUGUGGAUGUUCAAUUGGGUCCCGUGGCUGGCCCUCUGGGCACUUACCCCGACGGCGGUCGUAACUGGGAAGGAUUUUCGCCUGACCCCGUUCUGACCGGUGUGAUGAUGGCCGAGACGAUCAAGGGUAUUCAGGAUUCUGGUGUUAUUGCUUGUGCUAAGCAUUUCAUCGGCAAUGAGGCGGAGCAUUUCCGUCAGGCUGGCGAGGCCCAGGGAUACGGGUUCAACAUCAGCCAGAGUGUGAGCUCAAACAUCGAUGACAAACUCAUGCACGAGUUGUACCUCUGGCCCUUUGUGGAUGCCGUCCGCGCUGGUGUUGGCUCGGUCAUGUGUUCCUACAAUCAGAUCAACAACAGCUACGGAUGCCAGAACAGUCACACCCUCAACAAGCUGCUCAAGGGCGAGCUCGGGUUCCAGGGCUUUGUCAUGAGUGACUGGGGUGCCCACCACAGCGGCGUUAGCGCUGCUCUCGCCGGUUUGGAUAUGUCCAUGCCUGGUGAUGUUGUCCUUGGCAGCCCAUACUCCUACUGGGGUACCAACCUGACCGUUUCCGUUUUGAACGGCACUGUUCCCGAGUGGCGUAUUGACGACAUGGCUGUCCGCAUUAUGUCGGCUUACUACAAGGUUGGACGUGACCGUGUCCGUACUCGUCCCAACUUCAGCUCCUGGACCCGUGAUGAGUACAGCUAUGACCACUUCAUGUUCAAGGAUGGCUGGGAGAAGGUCAACGAGCGUGUCGACGUCCAGCGUGACCACGCCGCGGGUAUCCGCAAGAUUGGCGCUGACAGCACUGUGCUGCUCAAGAACAACGGUGCACUGCCACUCACCCACAACGAGCGCUUCAUUGCAGUCCUCGGAGAAGACGCAGGCUCUAAUCCCCAUGGAGCCAAUGGCUGCGACGACCGUGGCUGUGACGACGGCACCUUGGCCAUGGGCUGGGGUAGUGGAACUGCCAACUUCCCUUACCUGGUUACUCCGGAGCAAGCUAUUCAGGCCGAGGCCCUGUCCGGCGACCGAAACACCAACGUCUUCGCAGUGACUGACAAUUGGGCCCUCGACAAGGUUGCAGCCACUGCCGCCCAAGCUGAUGUUGCUAUUGUCUUUGUCAACUCCGACUCUGGUGAAGGCUACAUCAAUGUCGAUGGCAACGAGGGUGACCGCAAGAAUAUGACUCUGUGGAAGAACGGCGAGGAGCUCAUCAAGACUGCCGCCAAGUCGUGCAACAACACCAUCGUCGUGAUUCACAGCACAGGCUCCGUUCUCGUCAGCGAUUGGUAUGACAAUGACAACAUUACCGCCAUUCUUUGGGCUGGAAUACCCGGCCAGGAGAGCGGUAACAGUCUGGUGGAUGUUCUGUAUGGUCGCGUCAACCCUGGUGCUAAGUCUCCCUUCACCUGGGGUAAGACCCGCAAGGAUUAUGGCGCCCCGCUUUUCGCUGUGCCCAACAACGGUGCCGAUGCGCCUCAGGACAACUUUGAGGAUGGUCUUUUCAUUGACUACCGCCGCUUCGACAAGGACAACACCGAGCCAAUCUACGAGUUCGGCUACGGUCUGAGCUACACCACCUUCGCCUUCUCUGACCUCAAGGUCACUCCUCUUUCCGCACCCAAGUACCACCCCACCACCGGCAAGACCAAGAAGGCUCCUGAACUUGGCGAGCCCGGUGAUGCAUCGGACAACCUGUACCCUGAUGACAUCAGAGUGGUCCGCCAGUACCUCUACCCUUACCUGAACUCUACUGAUCUGCGCGCCUCAUCCGGCGAUCCGGAAUACGGCAUGCACUCCAAGAAGUAUCUUCCCAAGGGCUCCAGCGAUGGAUCCGCGCAGAAGCUUCUUCCUGCUAGUGGCCCCUCUGGUGGCAACCCUGGUCUCUUUGAGGACCUCUACCAAGUGACCGCUACUAUCACCAACACUGGUUCCGUGGCCGGUGACGAGGUCCCCCAACUUUAUGUCUCUCUCGGUGGCAAGGACGACCCCGUCAAGGUCCUUCGCCAGUUUGACCGAGUCACCGUCGCCCCUGGAGAGUCUGUCCAGUGGACCACCACUCUGAACCGCCGCGACGUCUCCAACUGGGAUGUUGCCUCUCAGAACUGGGUUGUCUCCAACGCCCAGAAGAAGGUGUACGUGGGUAACUCCUCCCGCAAGCUGCCUCUCUCGGCCGAUCUGCCCAAGGCUCACUAA